GAUCGCCCCAAGGGGCGGAAAAGGGUGGUCAGUGGGUCAGCCCGAGCCGCGUGACCUGGGGGCGUGGACCCCGAACGCACCAGGAAACCGCUACCCGAGAUCUGAUUUUGUCUCACCCCGAUCUGUGCUCUCCUCUAUGUUUUCAAAACCCGUACAUCCAGGGAGAGGGAAUUGGAGAUAGGAGCUUCGACCCCGAGGUUGGGCCGACGCCCUAUGCGGCGACGAACGGCGUGGACCUGAGAGCGUUCGGUGGCCCCCAGCCGCCUGCGGACCCUUCCGUCUCGUCAUGGCGAGAUUAUGGGUCGGCCUGGCAGGCGCUGGCUUCUUUCUUGCAUUACUGGUUUUGCAUUCGCGUUUUUGUGGCUCACCGGUGAGUUGAGCAGUGAAGACGUGUCGGGUGUGUGGACGGCACCGUUGAGAGGCGACGCCGCUGUUGUGGGGUGGAGGUGGCGGGCCCUGGCUCCCGCACUGGCUUGUCUCAAAACCCCCACCCGGGCCGAACUGCCGACGUCCUGCUUUGUCUCUUCGGGUUUGAAAGUUUUAAGGAAAUUUGCUUUUCAAGUUUCCUGGACAACCAAGGAAAUUCUUUACCGGCUGGAUGUGGAAUGGCCUAAUCGUCCAGAAUACUUUACUGGAACAACAUUUUGUGUUGCAAUUGACUCCCUCAGCGGAUUGGUUUACGUAGCCCAGAGAGGGGAUAACAUCCCAAAGGUAUUAGUGUUCACAGAGGAUGGAUAUUUCCUACGAUCCUGGAAUUACACAGUUGACACACCUCAUGGUAUAUUUGCAGCCAGUACACUACAUGAACAGUCUGUCUGGAUCACGGAUGUAGGAAGUGGAUCCUAUGGUCAUACUAUUAAAAAAUACAAUUCCUUUGGUGAUCUUGUUCAAGUGUUGGGUACCCCAGGCAAGAAAGGCACUGGUUUGACUCCCCUACAGUUUGAUAACCCCGCAGAAUUGUAUGUAGACGACACAGGAGAUAUUUACAUCGUGGAUGGAGACGGAGGAUUGAAUAACAGAUUGAUCAAAUUGUCCCAAGAUUUUAUGAUACUUUGGCUGCAUGGAGAACGGGGGACAGGGCCUGCCAAGUUCAACAUACCUCACAGCGUUACAGUUGAUUCGGCUGGUCGGGUAUGGGUUGCUGACCGAGGAAAUAAAAGAAUUCAAGUAUUUGAUAAAGACACUGGGGAGUGGUUAGGAGCAUGGAAUAAUUGUUUCACAGAAGAGGGACCUUCUUCAGUCAGAUUUACUCCUGACGGGAAGUACGUGAUCGUAGCCCAGCUGAAUCUCAGCAGGGUCUUACUGGUGGCCGCACCCCCAGUGGGAAGCAUUGGCAACUGUUCCGUGAUCAACACAAUCCAACUAGCAGACCAGGUUUUACCUCAUCUCGUAGAUGUCAGCGGGAAGACUGGAGCAAUCUAUGUAGCCGAAAUCGGAGCAAAGCAAGUGCAAAAAUAUGUCCCAGUGGAGGGCUAUUUUCCUUCGUUCACACAUUCAUAAUGUUUCUUUUCCCGGAGAUGUUUCAAGUGGAAGUUCAGAUUCUCAAAUUCAUUGUCAUGUCCUCACAAAUAACGUUCAGGCACCAGUAUUUGUUUCUUUAUUUUCCCAUGAUCUAGUGAUGAGAAGAAUUUGUUCUUAUAUCCUUCAGAACCAUAUGUUUUGUUGCUGUUCUCAUGACUUAGUUUUACUUGUAAGUGCAUAAGGCUGUUUUAACAAAGGAAAUGUAAUUCUAAAAAAUGGGAUCUGAAAGAGGGACUAAGACCAUAAGGUAGGUAUUUGCCCAGGUAGACUAAUCCUCCCUGGGAGGAAGAGGGAAAGGAAUAAAAACGGGUUUUGCAGCAUAUAUUGAACUUCAUGUGAAGGACUACCGACCUCCAGUUUGUUCACCUUAUAUAAAAUGUACCUUUUGAGCGAUUGAGUCAGAUGGGCUCUUGAUCAGUGAGUACCCACAGGCUGCUAGCUCCUAAAGAUUCAGAGAGGAAGAAUCAGGACUUACCUGUGUGAGCCUGUUCAGUAGCAUCUAGUCCAGUGGGAGACAAGUGUGCAAACUGAUACAAGCGUGUCAGCAGGCCUCAAGCGUGUCUUGUAGGAACAUGACGUCUGACUGAGAGAAUCCUGGAGAUUUUGCAGGGAAAGUCCAUUCGAGCUCCCGACUUGAGAAACCAAAGAGGGGAAAACAAGGUGGUCCAAAUGGACAAGCUGUAAAAAGUUACAGACUUGCUGAGAACCCUGAUAGGCUUUCUUUUAAAAGCCCAGCUUGGCCUGGGUCCUUUAGCUGUAAGAUACUUCGUCUCAACCUCUAAAUGUAGGAAUAAAACAGCAGGCAUUUAAGCACUUUACUGAAAGGGAUCUUUACAAGUACUAACUGGGAUGUUUUUUAAUUAAAGGUACGACUGAAAAUAGGGCCCUUCAUUCCUUUUUUCCUCCUUCCCUCCCUCCCGACCUUCCUCCCUUCCUUACCUUCUUUUUUUAAAACAUGAACCCAGUUCAUUCCUAACAUCUGUCUACCUCAAAGAAGUUUUAGAAUUGUAUAUAUGGGGAUCUGUUAAGGUGAAUAAUUUCUUAGCUUUCUAUUUCUACGUCUCUCUACCCUUUGGUCUGAAUACCAGAUGAAAGACCAUCUUUUCGGUUCUAGUUCAUUCUAGGUUCUGUUCAGACCUCGCCGUAUGAUGAUGUCAACUCAUUCGUCCCCUUCUUCUUGUAUUCACCUCCCUCCUUAUCCCGGACUUGCACUGUAAAUCGUGUAGCAUGUGAGAAAUCUUGGGCUGACUUUCCUCAUCACCCAUUGUAGCUGCCGUCUGUUUUCCAGACCUCAAGGAAUUCAUACUAUUUUGAUGCUCGGAUCAUAUCUUGACACAGUUAGAAAGUUAAAUCUACCAACAGGAAACUGUCCUGUGUUCCAAGGCCUUUGAUAAGUGUGUUUGUGCCACUGACCAAGCUGUAUGAUCUUCAGUGAGUCUUCUUAGUUUUUCUCCUUAGUAAAAUGGGAGCAUCAUUUCCUUCCUCCUUCAGAAAUGCUGCAAGGAUCAUAUGUACGACAGAUACAAAUGUGCCCUUUGAAAUCUAAGCUCCCAGGGCAUUCGAGGCAGAAAUUCUUAAACAGAGAUCCUUCCAGCUGCUUAAUUUACCUGAUAGCAACUCUCCAGCUUGCCUUAAUUUUGCGUUGAGUGCUUUUUUCAAAACCUAUCGUCGUGAACUUUAUGCAGCUUAGCAAAUAUAGUGAAUUUAUUUGGAUAGAAGGAAGUGAUUUGAGAGUUUUGUUUUGUUUUGUUUUUAAGCCAGGACAAGAAGUGCAAAUACCUCUUAGAAGGAAUACAGGUCAGGUAAACUGAUCUUGUCAUUUUAAAAAUGUUAUAGUUAACUUUGUUUUAUGCCAGUUUCUUAUAAAACUUGUUGAAAGUAUUGUUGCCAUAUAUCUUGCUAAAAGCGUUUAUUAGCAUACUUGUAAUCAUAGUAUUUCACUUUUUUCCUUUGGGUUAAUUGGUUAAAUGAUUGAGAAAAUGUGUUGUAUUUUGACUAAAAAAUACGAAUUAAACUUUUGGAAAGAAAAGGCAGUAUUAUCUGGCUCUCUAAGUAAUGUUUGAUUUUAUUGUUAUGAAAGCAGUUUUAGAACUUCUUAUUCUGUUAAAGAAUUUCAGCCAUCCUGAUAGCACAAGUUGGCACUGAGAGAAUAUCCUUCAUUCACGUGUAAAGUAUAGGCUAGAUCUCCCGGAGGGGAGAUUACUUUUCUAAAUUAGGAAACCAAAGACUGUAUCUUCCCUAACCCCUAUUAGAACAUCGGGUCUCUAUGAUGGAAUUAUUUGUCCGCAGAGGCAGCCUGUGUGAAAUCAAGAGGGUAAACUAAGAAGACCCAUAUAAUUUGUGCUUCGGUCACUUACCAGGUCAAAAGACCGCUUCAAGCAUUGCGGUCGUCAGGCUAAAUAAAGGCAGUCAAGUCCCAA